AGCUAAAGCAUACCAGUGGCCCUGUUUGAUCUUCUGUUAGAUAGGAUUGUUUAGUUUUUGCAAAUUUACUUGUAGCUUUCAGAAAAACAAUUUUUUUCAAUUAUACUGUGGCUUUUGAGGUUAGAGCAUGAUAGAAGAAGAGCCAUGACAUGGUAGGGUUGUAGGGCAAAACCAAACAUCGUAAAAAAGGAAAAAGUUACUCUGUGAUAAAAUGCUGGAUGUGAAUCCUCUAUGACACGUGUGAUUAUUUGACUUGUAUAUUUCAAACAAAAAAAAAUGACAAUUUCCCAAAACUUCGACGCUGGUAUGUAACGCAACGCGCGGUAAAAUCUCCCACUGGUAGCACUUGUAUUUUGCGCAUGCUUGAUAACAAGUAAGGACUUCUUUGAAAGGCGUGAUGUACCGCUCACUGUCAAGGGUGCAGAAAGGAUAGCUGCAAAGUAUCAAAUCAGUGCGAUGAUUGUUCGAAGUAAUUUUAUUCAGUUGUGAGAAAUAAAAUUGUGAAUACUCCAUCGUAAGCAUAUGUUUUGACGGAGAAAUAAGAAAGCGGAACUACCAUAGGUCUUCCUGGCCUAACAAGGAGGAGGGUCGGCCUAGUCAUAUCGAAGACAUAUCGCGAGGUAUCACGGUUGCCCCCUCCUGGUUGCUGAUAAAUUUGAUUAAUACACGGUUAAAAGUUAGUGACACACGUGUUAUAAAGAGGAGCUGGCAGUGAGUGAAAGUCAGUUAAAACUGGGUGAGUGUCAGUUCGACAGCCGAAUCAUCAUCAUUCGCAAAGCUAGUGAAUAAUGUCGUUGAAAAAUCGUCCCCGAAAGAAAAGUGCAGAGUUGUAGAGAAAUAUAGCACAUUUACUGUGAGCAAUGUGGGUAAUAUCUCCAGAAGAGAAAUCAAAAACUGAAAGUAUAUUCAAUAGCUUGAAACCAAACAAUGGAAAAUUGUCAGGUGACCAAGCUAAGAAGUAUUUUAUGCUUUCAAAUCUUCCUACUCCCACACUUGGCCAUGUAUGGCAACUUUCAGACAUGGACAAUGAUGGUAAAAUGACACUCCAAGAGUUUACAAUUGCUGUGCAUUUGAUUCAGGCAAAAUGCAGAGGAAUAGAAAUACCAAAAGUUUUGCCUUACAGUUUGAAAUCAUCAUCAGUGGAAAAUCAAUCUGUGUUUGGAUCCUCUGGGAAUACUCCUGGAACCAAAAUGGUUGGACCUGCAAGCAAUGGUUCUGUUGGUAUGUCAAUGGGAUUGCAGUCGGGGGGACUACUGAUGCCAAUGCAGAUGGGCAUGUCUAGCUCAGGCAUGACAAGUUCAGGUAUGUCUGCAUCUGUCAGUGGUAUGUCAAGUGCCAGCAACUCUCAUACUGGAAUGAUGGGCAUGCAAUCAUCUUUUGGUGCUUCAAAUAUUCAGUCAGGGUUUGGCAGUGGCCAUUCAGCAUUUGCUCCUCUAGGUAAUGCCUCAGGCUUUCAUACAGGCAUAACUGGAAGCAAUACCUUUCCACGAAAUUUGCAUCUCACCCAGUCAAAUAUGCAGCAAAAUACUGGCCAAACAGGGCUUUCACCACUAGAUUCCCUUGGUCUAAUAUCAAGCUGGAACCAACCAAAACCAGAUUCCUCUGCUCAACAAAAAGCGCAAUUAAGCCGUGCAUCAAGCAUGGGUCCAGUACAUGGAAGUGGCCAGUUAAGCAAUUUCUCAUCUAGUGGAGGUUCACAGUUUGGAUCCACUUUUGGAGGAAGUAGUAACAGUUCUAAUGAUGUCACAGAAAAAUCUUUGACAGCUGGAUCUAUUCCACCAACAAAUAGACUAAAAUAUACACAGAUGUUUAAGGCAGGUGACCACGAAAAGAAUGGAUUCUUAAGAGGCGAGCAAGCCAGGCAGCUACUGAUACAGUCAAGCAUCGCUCCAGAUAAACUUGCAAAAAUAUGGGAUUUAUCUGAUAUCAAUAAAGAUGGUAAUCUGGAUCUAGAUGAAUUUCUAAUCGCAAUGCAUCUUAUUGAUCUUGCAAAAUCCGGCCAGCCUGUACCAGUAACUUUGCCCAAUGCAUUGAUCCCCUCGACCAAGAGAUUCAACGAGGCUGAGCCUUUAGUACCAGAAGUAGGAACUGAAACUGGUAGACCAAGGUCUGAAAGUGUAUCAAGUCUUGGGAAAAUGGACCCAGUUACAUUUGAGGAUAGAAGGAAGCAAAACUACGAAAAAGGAAGAAUGGAGUUAGAAAGAAGACGAAGGGAAUUGCAAGAGAAGAUACAGAAAGAAAAAGAAGAUAGAGAAAGAAAAGAAAGGGAGGAAGAAGAGAGAAAGCGCAAAACAAGAGAGGAAGCGGAAGCAAGAAGGCUACAGCAAAUCGAGAACGAAAAACGGCAUCGAGAAGAAAUGGAAAGGGAGCAAGAAAAACAGCGACGAAAAUUGAUAGAAGAAAGACACGCCGCUCAGUUGGAAGCUGAAAGGCAGCGUCAACGAGAAUGGGAACAGCGACGAAAGGAUGAGUUGCUUAACCAAAAAGGUCUGGAAGAGGAUAUCGUCAAAGGCCUUAAACUAAGGCUUGAGAAGCUAAAAGGAGAACUUAUUGUCGAGACUGCACAGCGUGAUGCGCUGAGCGCCUCCCUGCAAGGCAAGGUAGCAGUUAAAAAAGAGCUGAUCGCAUCAAUUGCUGAUAUGAACAAAUCGAGAAAUUUCAUUCUUUCGCACAUCACACAAAUUCAAAAUGAUGCUCAGAAAAUGAGAAUGCUUGUAGCACAAUUGAAGACAGAACGAGAACGCGUAGAUGUCGAAACAAAUAAGCUGGACUCUACUACUACGAGUGAAGCUCUUGGUGGUGUAAGAGCCAGCAUACUGCAAACGAGAUCAAACAUUCCACGCUUAAAAACGCAGUUGCAAGCCAUAGAAAGCGAGACCGACAGUUCGUUGAAGGAAAACGAUUUUACCACAAGGCAGAUACCGACAGUAAAAGCUGCUUUGCAAAUCAAAAUGGAUGAAAAUAAGCGAUACAAACAGCUUGAAGAGCAGAAAAAACGAGAAUACCAAGUUGCCAAGCAAAGUUUGGAGGACGAAACAAGAAGAUUGGAUUUGAUGAACAGAAGAAAGAAGGAAGAUGAAGAACGACUGAGGAAGGAAACUGAGGCGAAGCGAAGGAGAGAAGAAAUGAUUAAUAAACAGAGAGAGGAAGAUAGAAGAAAGCAAAAAGAGAAGGAACAACAAGCAAUGAAGCUGGAGCAACAACGACAGGAAGAAUCGAUGCGGCGAAUUCAAAGUGCACAAUCUUCUGAAAAGCACGCUCAGAUGGAGAGAGCAAAACAAUUGACUGCUGAAGCCGUCCAAAAGCAGCACGAUAUUAAAUCCAAUCACAAGAAUGCCUCAGGCGCUCAUCAAACAACCCAGGAUCUCUUUACGGCGUCAUCUGUUAAGUCAACACCGGCAGUAGAUACUGUGUUGCCGAUUCCCCCGCCGAAGAAAAGUAGUAAGCCAGUUGCACCACCACGACCAAAGACAAGGCCUGUCGCGGCUUCGGGUGAUAAGAUCAAAGCACCGGCAGUUGAAGCGAGGAAAAAUGAAGAAAAGAGUUUUGGCAACUGGGAUGCUUUAGCAGAACUCGAUUUUGGCCGCCAUGCACCUGAGAAUGAUCUUAUGAAGCAGCUGAAGGAAGCAACGGGUAAUCUGAAUACUAACAAGGAGGUGAAGAUUAGAAGUGGCGAAAGAGAGGUUUCGUCAGUGGAAGAUAGGACGCGGCAGGAGGAAGAACGUAAACGGCAAGAAGAAGAGCGGAAACGGCAGGAAGAGGAACAGAAGCGGCUUCAAGAAGAGCAAGAAAAAAUGAAAAUGAUGGAAGCGAGGAAACAGUUAGAAAUAGAAAGAAAAAAGAAGGAAGAAGCAUUACAAAGGCGAAGGGAGCAGGAAAAAAUAAAAGGAGAAGCAGAACGAAAGCGUUGGGAGGAAGAGUUAAGAAGGCGCGAAGAAGAGAGACUAGUAAAGGAGACUGAAAGGAAAGAGGAAGAGAAACGAAAGGAACUGGAAGAGAAGAAGACGUGGGAAGAGGAGCAAAGGAGAUUGGAAUUAGAAAGGCAACAGAAAGGAGAAGAGGAAAGGAAGCAAAGAGAGAAAGAUGAAGUUAGAAAAAAAGUUGAAGAGAUGCAGAAAUUAAAGAGAAUAAAAAAGCAACAGGAUCAACAGCAAGAACAGCCUAGCCAAGCCGAAGCGCCUAGCCAACCUCAGCCGUCACAAACUACAUCCGUCAGUGAAGAACCUGUGGCAGCCAAAAGACUGACAAAAUUCAAGGCUAUUUUCCCGUUUGAGGCACGGCAUCCCGAUGAGCUUUCCAUCCUCGACGGCGAUAUAAUCGAGGUUGAUGAAAGUGACGACUCACCUCCACCUGGAUGGCUACGAGGUACAAGCGGAGGCAGUACUGGACUUUUUCCAGUUAACUAUGUCGAAAAGACAGCCAGGGGUGCAUUUUCUGACUAUGUUGAUCUAGAUAAAAGUGCCAAAGUAAUGAAUACUGCGGUUGAAGCUGUCAAGACAUCCUCAACAGCUGAUGUCAAGCCGGCCCCACAACAAACGGAAAACAACAAUACCAACCGCAGUUCUUUGGUAUUAGAGACACAGGAGGGUGGUCAGGCAACGGAGCUACCCUCAAAGAAGACUGCACUGCUACCUAAAGGUUUGGCAAUACCAAGACCAAAUCAGAGGUCCUCUCCAAUUCCCUUUCCUGGUGCAAAGUCACUAGACACGAAGGCAAGAGCAGGUUCUUUUGCAGAUUCGCUGCACGAUCGAACAUCAUCUUUUGGAAGCUCUGAUGGGACAGAUGGGUCUUCUAGUCAGCAGGGCAGUGUUACUCAGGGUUCUGUCAAAAGCAUUGCUGGCUCACUGGAGAAAAGGGAGUGCUACGAGAAUGUCAUGCCUCCUUCCACUAUCGAUGGACCGUCAACGACUGAGACUAGUGUCAGAGUACCAGAAGGACUGCAGGCUGUUGCACUGUACCCAUAUCGAGGCAAAAAGGAUGACCAUUUGACUUUUAAUAAGAAUGACCACAUUAUUGUUCAAGAGCAGCAAGAUAUAUGGUGGUUUGGAGACUGCAAUGGCAAGCGAGGAUGGUUUCCAAAGUCAUACGUGAAGAUCAUUGGAAAUGUUAAAAGUCCAUCAUUGGUUGGUCUUGACGAUGCAUGUGAUACGAGUAGCGUCGCCUCAUCGACGUCAUCAGUCGCAACUGAGCAUUCAGGCGGGGAGCAGAGCUAUGUUGGAGAAUGCUCAGCGUUAUUCGAUUAUGCUGGGCCAGCGGGCGACCUCUCAUUCAGCGAGGGUGACGUCAUCAAAAUCACAAAGAAAGAAGGUGAUUGGUGGGAGGGAUAUCUCAAAGGAGAAUGUGGAUUCUUUCCAGCUAAUUAUGUGAAAAUGAAAGAACAACUUGAGACUACAAAGAAGCCAGAGGUGGCAACUGUUAUUUCGCAAUUCACAGCCUCAGAUGCUCGCGAAAUCUCGUUGAGUCCUGGCCAGUUGAUACACGUUUUGAAGAAAGACCAGGGCGGGUGGUGGCAAGGAGAACUCCAGGCUAGGGGUAAGCAGCGCCAAGUCGGUUGGUUUCCAGCGUCACACGUUAAGCUGUUGGCCAAGUCAACGGAGUCCACGAAGUCGUCAGAGCAAGCUGUUGUCAAUGAUGCUGAUGAUGAUCUGUACGCAGUACCGCAAAGACGCGAGAACCCCGCGGAUCAAGUUUUGGCACUUUUCUCUUACACUGCUCAAAAUGAAGAUGAAUUAACGUUUUACAAAGGAAGUGUCAUCAAUGUCAUAUCAAAGGAAAGUGAUUGGUGGAAAGGCGAAUUGAAUGGACAAGUAGGAAUGUUCCCGUAUAACUAUGUUCAGUUGCUAAGUGAUCUCCCGGACAGCACUGACCAUUGGGAAGGCUCCUUUGAUAGCGUUGUGCUGAAAUCCAUGAGCAAAAGCGAACGACAAAGACAGAAUUAUAUCCACGAACUGAUUAACACUGAGCAAAUUUUUAUGGAUGAUCUUAGCCUUACACUCGAGAUAUUUUACAACCCCAUGGCUGAAGCUGGUGUUCUUACAGAACAGGAACUAAACACCGUUUUCGUUAACUGGAGAGAAAUUAUCAUGUGCAAUACAAAACUGCUAAAAGCGUUGCUGGUUAGAAAAACAAUGUCAGUGAACAACAAAGUUGAAGCAAUCGGUGAUGUUCUUGUUGAGCAGAUCCCAAGAAUGACGCCAUACAUUCGAUUCUGCAGUUGUCAAAUCAAGGCAUGCAAAUUAUUACAAAGAAAAGUAGAAAAUGAUGCAGAAUUUAAGCAAUUCGAGAAGAAAUGCGCUGGAAACAGCAGACUGCGACAAAACCUGCCACUCAGUAGCUACUUGUUAAAGCCGUUACAAAGAAUAACAAAAUACCCUCUGAUCAUUAAACAGAUUAUCAAAUACACUCCGGAAGACCACCACGAUCGACCAAAUUUGGAACAAGCUUUGGAACAGAUUCAAGAGCUCUGCUCACAGAUCAAUGAAAACAUUAGAAUGGUUGAAAGUUCUAGCAGGUUAGAGUGGUUGCAAAGUCAUGUAACCUUAGAAGGUCUUGGAGAGAAAUUAGUGUUCAACUCGCAGACGAAUUGCCUAGGGCAGCGGAAGUACCUUCACCACGCAACUCUAUACAAGCACAAAAGCAACAAAGAGCUCCGAGCAUUCCUAUUUAAUGACUUUCUCUUGCUAACACGUCAUCAUGGAAGCACUCCAGCUGCCAAAGCCUUUACCAACAUUUUCAAAGAUGAUGUUGAUGGCGAAAUAACUCUAACAAUAUACAAAAAGCCGAUAUUUCUAAACGAGGUCGUGGUGAAGUUACCCAUAGAUCCCGACGUAAACGAGACACUCUUCUGCUUGUCACAUAUUGAUCGAAUUUACACUCUUCGCGCUGAAACCAAAAACGAAAGAAAUGUCUGGCUCACACGACUACAGAAAGCGUCGGAACAUUUCAUUGAAACAGAAAGAUUCCAGCGGAAAAGAGCUCAUAGAGCGCGGUCUGUUCUUGGUCAGGGCAUAGGACGAUUGACAGUUACGAUCAACGAAGGCUUCGAUUUGAAGGCGUCGGACCCAACCGGUACUAGCGACCCGUAUUGUGAAGUCAGUAUGGGCUCCCAGGAACACAAAACAAAGGUUGUUCCAAAGACACUGAACCCCAAAUGGAAUUCCCAAAUGCAAUUUACAGUAAAGGACAUUGACCAAGAUGUGUUGUGUAUAACCGUAUUCGAUCGAGAUUUUUUCUCACCUAAUGAUUUUCUUGGUCGUACAGAAUUAUCUAUUUCAAGUUUGUUGAAAGAAGGACCAGGACCAUGGACUAAAAGGCUACUGCUACACGAAGUACCAACAGGUGAAAUAAUUCUCAGAGCUAGUUUUCAAAAGUUUGAAAGAAGGUAAUUUGUAUUACGUCAAAACCAUAAAUCCGUAUUUCUAUCUGUAUUCCUUAGCUGCGUCCCUGUACAUUACGACAUAAGAUUACUUCCCUUAAUCAUUUUGUAAAUUAUAGCUGUAUUACAAUAGGACAACUUUAUCUUUGAAGCGGCUCUAAAAAAUCCACGCUUUAUUUUCUACUUCUCUCUCGUUAGUUUUAUACCAUUUUAACUAGAAAAGUAUUUUUCAACUCUCUAGCCAACUUGGCUGCCUUCAUUAUGAGUUUGCAGGACAAAAGUACUUCCUCUCUUGACUUCUUUCCUUUCUCUUUUGAUUAAAUGAAAAUAACAAAUCCAUUUUGAACGAUUCAUGGUUUCUCAGCCUAUCAUUGUGGGUAUUGCUAUCCUUCUAUACCUUUUCGAUCCAUCUUUUGAGUUAAAUACUAGUUUUUUGGCGCUAUAUCUUUAUUUUUUAUUCAUAAACCAUUUUUUAUAAAUCCAAUCUUGCUACAGAUCAUGACCCACCGCCAUCAAAGAAUGCUAACCAUUUUGGCAAAAUUUAUUUAUAGAAAAUGUUUUUAUACCAAAGGCAUCGAGUUGUUUUAAACAGUAUUUAUUCCCUGUUGUAAUGCAUAUUUGAUUAAAGUGAUUUGCAAGUAAGGUGAGUGAUAAGGUUAAGUAAGUCUAAACAGGUUUUCAUAUAUUACGUUUUUUAAUCCCCUGUCUUAAUAAGAGGUAUGACUUCCUCCAAUAAAACAGCUGCUGCUACUUACUCCACAAUAUUGUAAUAAUACAAACUUCCCUCUGAGAUAUCACCCCAGUCUUCUUGAACUUGCUCUAAGCCUCCCCUUCCGCAUUUCUUUCUCCUUCCUCUUCUCUCUGGUUAUUUUUAUCCUUAGGCUUUGUUUUUCUUUCCAUGUUUUGUCUUUAAAUGUUGAUAAAUUCAUAUCGUACUAUCCUCAGCAAUUUGACACCAGUACCAAUUCCUGCUUAUGAAAACUUCGAUACACCCCCUCCAAGAAUUCAGCAAUUUGACACCAGUACCAAUUCCUGCUUAUGAAAACUUCGAUACACCCCCUCCAAGAAUUCAGCAAUUUGACACCAGCACCAAUUCCUGCUUAUGAAAACUUCGAUACACCCCCUCCAAGAAUUGUAUUAGCGUCAUUAGUCAGGCUUGUGACAACAAAACAAGAAAGAUAUAGCUCUUCCGCCUUGAGAGAAACAAUGAUUUUCCUAUUCUGCAUUAAACUUUUAUUCAUCUAAAACGUAUUGAAUGUCGCCAUUUCCUAGCUUAAAACAUUUACAUGCUUGUAGUUGUUAGCAGCUCUAAAAUGUUAAAGGAAGCCCUGUUUUUAUUUCCUAGAAAGUAGAAGCAGUAAAGAUCUAUGCCAUAAGGCAACCAAAACUCUUCAUUAAUUCAGUUGAAAUUUGAACGGUGUGAUUAUCGACUGACACCAGACCAAAUUCACAAGGGAUAGACCAGAUAACGAGUUUCACACCAAGCUUUCCUUCUUAUUUUUUAAUUUCUCAAUUCUUACUCUUCUAAAUUUUCCUAGUACUCUUCUCAGUUUUCUUCUCUUUUCCCAAAAUAUUACAUCUACAAAGAAUUUUUUGAGCCUUUCAUGUUUGUCCGUUCAUCAGCGUUUAUAUUUUGUAUCUAUUCUAUAGAAGCUGUUGUAUUUUAGAAGUCUGCGUUUUAUUUAACUUAAUUUUGAAUUGUUCAUUCAAUUAUCAGAAUCUAUUGUAAAUAUUUAAACUACUCUAGUCAAUUAUGUCGACUUGAUAAUUGUAAUUUCAUCCAAACCUUGGUAGCUCUGAGGCAAUUUGAUUGCUUCAAAAUUUCUUUUAACCGCGGGCAAUGUAUCGAGGAUAAUAUCGCAUACUCGACGAUAAAUUGGACAGUAUGUUACCGUUAAAUAGUUAGUAUAUUAGGACGAUAUUAGGGCGGUUAACUGAUUUGAUAAACCACCCUGGGUUAACGUAGUCUACAAAACGCAUUCUAGCGUUCUCUGCUUGUUAAUAGAAAUCUCCCCUCGCCACUCGAGUUUGUUGCAACACUCGGCAUUAUUGCGAGAUGUAGAAACAAAUCAGUUAUGUAGACGAUUUGUUGAGAUAGUCUAAUGAAAAUGUAAAGUAUCGCAGAAGUAGUGAGAAUGUCUCUGGUAUGGAAUUAAGUCUUGGCACAUUGGGAUUUUAAAAGAUAUAAUGCGGAAUCAGCAGGGCUCACGACACCAAUUUCAAGGUGGAGGGGCCAAGUUCUAUAAGACAAGUUUGAAUUUAGUGCUUCAAAACAGACCCUCUUUGAAAUAUUUUGCUUACCAAAAAAGUGGGGGAGGCAUGGCCCCUCCAGCCCUCCCCCCCAGUACCUUAAGCCCUGAUUAGAACUUGGCACAUCGGGAUUUUUAUAGAUAUAAAGCACCUUGUAGAUUGUUGUUACGUCUUUCCGUUUUAUUACACAAAAAUGUGUAAUUUGUACAGGCUUUAAAAGGUAAAUUAUCAGAGUCAAUCAACUUGACGUAAUAUACAUCUACUUAGGUCUGUAAGAAAUUUGUUUUCCACUUUUUCCUUCUAGAGACCUUUGAGUCCCACUAUGCCCUAAUGCAAUGAUUUAAUUCAUUUAUCCGUAAACAUUCGUACAGUAUAAUCCGGUUAUAACGUACUUUAAGGGACCAGCGUAUUAAGUAAGUAAGUAUAUCCGAAGUACGUUGUAACGAGGGUAAGUAAAAGUUGACUAAAACCAAGCACACCUUUUGCCUGGACCAAGCACACCGGUACUUUAUAUCCGAAAGUACGUAAUAACCGAGUACGUUAUAACGGGAUUCUACUGUAGCUGUUUUGAAUUCAUUUUCGAAAAGUAGAGUAUUUUCGAGAAGAGAAAUCCUGAUGUAGAAUCAGAUCAAGACGAUAUAUCGAGACCUUUGUUAGUUGUAAGUCCAACUGAAGACCGUCAUGUUCCUUUUGCUUCUGACGUGGAACAUUUGGUAGAUUAUAUAAUUGUUGGGAAGGGAAAACAUUGACAUCCUUAGAUAAAGUUAUACGAGACAGCAAAUUCUAGUAUUGAUUUAAUAAUUGUUAUUAUUCUAGAUUAUUGUAGAUUUCAUUGAAA